UUCUUUUGGUUUAAAUGGUUUUGUUUAUGAUUUACGAUUAUUUCUGUUCUGUCAUAGUGAUUGCUGAAUUACUUGCUAUGGUUAACUUUUAUAUUUGUGAAAACUGUACCUGAUAAAGUAAUAAUGUGUUACUAUCAAUAAAUUCGUUUAUAUUGUCCUGCCGAUUAUUUUAACACAGGCUAUUACAAGCAAAUACGAAUUCAAGAAAUAAGUGAAAAAUUGAAACAUGUACUGCAUUAAGGUUAUUCAUUUUAUUGGCAUUUUCAUGUUGCUAUACGUUCUUGAAAAUGAGGCUGCACACACCAACAACUGGGCAGUUUUAGUUGACACUUCUCGAUUCUGGUUCAACUACAGACAUGUUGCCAAUGUAUUGUCCAUAUAUCGCAGUGUAAAGAGACUAGGUAUUCCUGACAGCCAAAUAAUCUUGAUGGUGGCUGAUGAUAUGGCCUGCAAUCCCAGGAACCCUCGGCCUGCGACUGUGUUUAAUAAUGCCAAUCAACACAUCAAUGUGUACGGUGAUGAUGUUGAGGUUGACUACAGAGGCUAUGAGGUGACAGUUGAGAACUUUGUCCGCCUGUUGACUGGCCGCCUGCCACCCGACACACCACGCUCCAAGCAGUUGCUGACUGAUGAAGGCAGUAAUGUGCUGGUCUAUCUGACUGGUCAUGGUGGUGAUGGUUUCCUCAAGUUCCAAGACAAUGAGGAAGUGACCAGCCAGGAGCUGGCCGAUGCCUUGGAGCAGAUGUGGCAAAAGAGGAGAUAUCACGAGAUAUUUUUCAUGAUCGACACUUGUCAAGCAGCAUCAAUGUAUGAGAAAUUCUACUCACCAAACAUCCUUGCAGUUGCCAGUAGUCUAGUCGGAGAAGAUUCACUUUCGCACCAUGUAGACCCUGCUAUAGGAGUCUACAUCAUUGAUCGUUACACGUAUUACGCUCUUGCGUUCCUGGAAAGGGUGCAACCUGACAGUGCCCAGACAAUGGGAGAGUUUCUUGCAGUUUGUCCGAAGCGUGUUUGUAUUUCAACUGUAGGAGUGAGGAAGGAUUUGUUUGCUAGAGACCCACAUAAAGUGCCCAUCACUGACUUCUUUGGGGCCCUACGGCCCGUGGAGAUCAUCUCUUCUGACAGCUCCAUCAACUUGACCCUCCCAACUGACUUGAAGAGUGUCGAAGAACCUGAAAUACCAAAGAAAAAAUACGCUUAUGCUUCACAAUUUCCUACAAUAGUGAAACAGAAGAUUGAGCUGUAAAAGUGUAGAUACUGCAACUGAAUUUGUGUUCUUUCAUUAAUUUCAUUCAUUAUGUCCAUCAGAACUACUUACAUUUUUUAUAUCUGUGAUUUUGUACAAAAAAUAUAAUUGUAUUAUUAGUAUUUGUUAAUGCAGGAAUUAAACCAUUAUAACUUAAUCCUAACAUA